AUGGAGGUGCCCGCCCUGGAACAGCGAGGUGAGCGGCAGAGGGAGCAGAACUCACCACACGUGCGGCUGAGAGCCACCGGGCCCCCGGGCCGGACAGAACCCCGGUCCCCGCCCUCGGGCGCUGGCCGGACCAUCCCCAACCGCCCUGCACCCCUGCACCCCCGCACCCCCGCACCCCUGCACCCCUGCACCGGACCCCGCCAUGGGCCAGGUGCUCUGGGGCGCUGCCCCCCGGCCCACACCGCAGGCCUCCCUCUGCCCCCUGGGAGGCACGUCCUCGAGUCCCUAGGGAGAGACGCCCCGCACCAGCAGCCCUGGCACCGUGACUCCGGGUCCAGACGCACUGUGGGGGCCCGAGGUGACCCUGAGGGCCUGGACCCCGGGUCCACCGGCAACUGUGGCCCGUCUGCCCAGGUCACCCUGCUGCACCCCUUCCUCAGCCCCCGGGCCGCCUUCAGCCGCGUGGGGCCCAGCCCAAGUCCGGCCCGGGAGUUUCCGUGUAGAAGGAACCUGUCCACAAACCUCAGCCUCCAGCUCUGCAGCGGCAGCCAGGCCCCGAACGUCCCGCUGUCCCCGGGGAGGUCUGGCCAGGCCUGUGGCCGGCGGGUCAGCCCCACGGGGGGGCAGGAGGAGGCUGCGCAGCCGGAGGCGGACACCCAAGAUCCCACUGUGCCCGCCUGGGCGGGGAACCUGAGCCGGGGAGAGGUCACCGUAGGCCCCCCGGGCAUCCAGCAGGGGCGUGGAGGGGCCGCAGACCACGGGUCCGACGCUCAGAGCCGAGGACUGGCCGGUGGACUGGUCCCUCGCUCGGCAGCACGGGGUCGUCCGCCCACCUCCCUGCCACGGUCCCCAGCGGGCCCGCACCCUCCUCGGGCCCCCGGACCCGGGGUUGACCAGAAGCCCCCCAGUGGGGCGAGAGCUGACACAGUGGACGUGGAAGGGGGACAGCGGGCCGGACCCACAGCUCACAGGUGCGCCCGGAAGCCCCAGGAGCAGGCCCAGCCAGGCUGCGGCCUCCGCCCCCGGGGACACCGGGACUCCGCGGCCGCCGCGCUCACGACUCCCCGGGCUCCCGCGAGCAGCGCCCGCCCCGAGGUUAACAGGAUAAAGGCCGGCACGCACAGCCGGGUGGAGCUGGACCGGAGGGCUGCGGUGGCCGGGGCCCAGUGGAGCUCACACCGCCAGGUGAGGGGCCUCGACCUCACCCCAAGUCAGAGACCCUGUCGGCGGCCUGACGGGCCGGGCAGCCAGGGAGCCCCGGACCUGAACCCACUGCAUCGGCUGCCGGCUGCCACUCCCCUGGUCCGCCGUGAGAAGGCCCAGGCCGGGCGGCAGCCACACGAGGGGCCCCGUUGGGCACACGGCAACGUCCUGUGCAUCCGGGGGGCCAUCGGACAGAGCCCGCGGGUCGGCGAGCAGGAGCAGAGUGCGGGCGGCCAGGCGGACGGCUCCCCGGCUCAGACGGCUCGGAAGGGUGUGGCCGGCAUGAGGCUGGAGGACCCCAGGCAGAGCGGGGUGCCUGGGACUCGAGUGGGAGCUCAGGGUCACGACACGCAUGGGAGCUGCUUUGGGGGAGCCCCUUCCCCCGAGCCCACAGCGUCACAUCGCUCCUCGCCUCCAGACUCCCGGAACCAGGAUAGACCCCAGAGCCAGCCCGGCUCCCUGCUGCAGGAUCUGCACCCCACGUCCCCGCCGCCAACAGCCACAGACUUCCAUCCGCAGCACGGCAGCCGGUCCCACCAGAGGGCUGCCGCCCCCCCAGCCCUGCCGCCCCGCCUCGUCCGGGGCAGCCGCCGCCAGGGCAGAGCUGAGCAGCGGCCUGGAGUCACCGAGCCGCGCAGACACGACCAGCCUCCUCGGGACGCACACGCCUCCACCGCACACAUGGCCUCGGGUCCCCUGGGUGGCCCCGGGGCCCCGACGCCCCCACCGGCUCCCGCCCAGGCCUCUCCCCACCGAGGCCUCCCAGCCCCGCACCGGCCUUCCCCGCCCAGCACCCCCCGCCGCCCCCCUCCUGCCUGGCCUGGCUCGGGGGCUGCUGCAGGGCUCCUGGAGUGUGCUGGGCUCCCUCCCAGGCCGCUGCGCCCGCCGGGACCCUUGGCUGCCGACCCUCAACCCUCGACCGUCCUGGCCGCCGGCCCUGCCGUCCCGGGGGCUCAGGUGGAAGGAAGCUCUCACUCCCGGGAGGUCAGGGCCCCUGCUGCCCACUCUCAGGGUGCUCUGGGGGUCCCCUGGGCCCCUCACCACUUCGGGGCUGAGCCGCUGCCCCCGCCCCCGACUGACCGUGAGCUCAUCGAGGGCCGGAACCGUGGCGACUCCCAGCUCACAGCCCGGGUCUGGCCCCAGGAGGGCGCACAGGGAAGGAGUGUGGUGGGCACUCCCCACUGCGGGGAGGAGCCUCUGCCCCAGGGGUGCCCCUCCAUGUCCCUGGGGGACAAGCUUGAGGGCCGGCGGCUGGGCCGACAGUGA